AUGUGUGCUCCCCUCCUUCAAGCUGCCAUGAAAGGUGAUUGGCCGGCUGCUAAGGCUUUUCUUGAGGAAAAUCCAGACUUUGUUCGAGCUCCCAUUACGAAAGAGGAAGAGACAGCACUUCACAUCGUGGCAGCUGCACAACGCACCACUUUUAUAAAAGAAUUGUUGAAAUGGAUGACUCCGAAGGACUUGGAAUUGAAAACCAAUUAUGGAUUUACGGUUCUUCACUCUGCUGCUCAAUCAGGAAUCGUCGGAAAUGCUGAGCAGCUGGUGAAAAUCAACAGUAAACCGCUAUUGAUCUGUGACGACAAGGAAGACACACCACUCAUUGUUGCAACUUAUAUAGGACAUACAAACAUGGUCUCGUAUUUACUCUCUAAGACUCCUCUUGAACAGCUAACUGAUGAAAAACGCAAUGAGCUCCUUAAUCAUACUAUUUACAAUGAUAUGUAUGAUAUAGCAUUGAAAAUUCUGGAAAUGGAUCCAAACAUAGCAAAUGCCGGCACUGAAUGCUGGCAGGUAGCGUUGGAAAUGUUGGCCAAGAAACCUUUCUCAAUUGGCAGCGAAAGUUUGAAAGGGAUAUAUAACGAAGCUUUGAUGAAGACAUUAGCCCAUCAAUUAGUUGAACUUCUUUGGAAAAAGGUUGGGAUUCCAGACAAACAGUUCUCAUCAAGCUUGGUUCACUAUGACACGACUUUAAUUUUUGAAGCUGCAAAACUUGGAAAUGUUGAAUUUAUAAUUAUACUUGCACGCUCUUAUCCUCACCUUAUUUGGCAACAAGACGAAAAUCGAAUGAGUAUAUUUCACAUUGCUAUUUUAUAUCGGCAUGAAAGUGUGUUCAAUCUAAUAUAUGAGAUAGGUGCUAACAUGGAUAGCCUUGCAUCCUAUGCUACUUUAGACUCCAAUGAGAACAUGUUGCAUUUAGCGGGACACUUGGCUCCUUUAGAUCGACUAAAUAUUGUAUCAGGAGCAGCCCUUCAAAUGCAACGGGAGUUGUUGUGGUUUAAGUCAAUUGAUGGAGAUAGAAAAGAUUAUGCCGCGGACAUUGGUGAACAAGACGAAUUCAAACAACCAAACACCUAA